UCAGACGUCGUUUUACACAGAGCAGUCAAAGUGUCGGCCAAUUAGUAGAAAAAUCGGGGAACGCCUCGUAAAAAUGCAAAAAAUUGUGUUGGGCCUAUUUCUAGGCCUAAUACUAACUUGCAACGCUGCCAUUAGCGGGCCCUAUCUUUUCUGGGGCCAUGACAAGGUCUUCAACUUGCAGCCAGAGGCUUUAGUCGAUGCCAAGGAGCAGACGCUGACGCAACUUUUUAAAGAUGCCAAGGCCAUACAGAUUUUCGUGCGAAAUACAACUAGUCGCCUAGAGGGGGGAAAUUAUCCAAAGUUUGAGAAUCUGGUGAAGACCAACGCCUGGACGUAUUUGCCACAGCGCAGCUUGUCAGUAGAGCCAUUCAACUACAACGCCAACAUUGAGGUCAUCAAUUUGUCGGGUCAUAGUGAGGAUGAUGAUGCAGAGCUGCUUUCCAGCUACAAUGAUGCUUUGACCAUUUAUGGCCAUGGCGAAGUUUUGGGCAUUUUAGCGAGUCGUGAGGAGGACGCACACUUCUUGGCGAAGCGCGAGGCCAGAGCUGAAAAUGAGGAGGAUGCGUCACGCACAACUACCGCACAACCGCCGUCCGCUGAAGAGACCGAGCAGAGCUUCGUCUAUGUAGCCGAGGGCAACAAGGCCGUGCUCUAUUUAAAUUCACCGCCCGUGCUGCGUCUUAGUAACGAGUCCAUCAAGCUGCUGGAGCACAACAAGCACAUCACCUUCGAUGAUCAGCAUGCCAAGGGCUACGGGCGACUGAGCAUCACCUUCAUGCACAACAACGACAAGUGCACCUUGCGCUUCAAGUUUACGCUAUCGCGAGGAACUUGGCAGAUGAGUAACGUCGAGGUGGACUAUAAAGGUGUCUUAGUGCUGCCAGCUCGAGGAGAUGAGUACACCCUACCUUCGGCACCGCUCGGCUUCUCAUAUCGCUGCUCUGCCAGCAAUCUAAUCUUCGGCAGCAGAGAGUCUGCGGAGAGUCUGCAGCUCACAGACUUCCAAGUGCAGCCUUGGCUGAAUGGCAAGAAGAGUUUUGGGGAGGUCUACGACUGUGUUGGCUUUACCUCAACGCCCAUCCUGUCUGGCCUGCUGGUGGUCUCCUUUCUGAUUGCCAUACUCACGCUCGGCAUUUCGGCAAUGCUGAGCAUACACACGCCUAAUCGUUUCGAGAGCUCCCGCAACAAACAAUUGACGUUUACAGUGCAGGAGUAAAUUGGACGACGGAGAGAGAAGGGAGACUCUAAGUCUUUGCAUAUACAAGUAUUAUGAUGUUAUUGGUCUUGAUUACAUUCGUGAAUGUUAAUCCGUUGGCAUUUCUCACAUUGGCAAUUGAGUUUUUCCUAAUACACUUACUCUUCAUUUUAAUAUCACUAUAUAUAUACGUGCUGUGGUAUUACUGAAGAGUAAUCAAACACAAACUAGGGAAAACGCUACAGUCGAUCAAGCCUCCCACAAAAUUAAUAAAAAUGUAAUUAAUUAAUUAAAUUAAAUACAAAAUAUUCAAUACAUACAAACAGAAGUG